AUGGGUCGCAAGCUCAAGCAUCAUGAGCAGAAGCUCCUUCGAAAGGUGGAUUUCAAUACGUACAAAUCGGACAACCAGCACCGCGAGCAUGAAGUCAUGCGCACAUACGGCAUUCAGAAGCGCGACGAUUAUACCAAAUACAAUAGAUUAGCAGGAUCUUUGCGACAGCUAGCUCAUAAAUUGGCGGCACUCGAGCCGAACGACGAGUUUCGACGGAAGCACGAAGAGCUCAUGCUCGAGAAGCUAUUUACAAUGGGCAUACUGGGAACGGGCGGGUCAGGUCGUGGAAAAUUGUCAGAUGUGGAGCACAAAGUCACAGUUUCAGCCUUCUGUAGAAGAAGGCUACCUGUUGUUAUGACCAAGUUGCGCAUGGCAGACAACGUCACGGCUGCCAUAAAGUUUAUCGAACAAGGCCAUGUCAGAGUCGGUACGGACGUUAUUACCGAGCCGGCCUAUCUGGUCACUAGGAAUAUGGAAGAUUUCGUGACGUGGGUGGACUCGUCCAAGAUCAAGAAGAACAUCAUGAAAUACCGUGAUCAACUCGACGACUUCGAAUUGGAGGCGCUAUAA